UACAUACAAACGCUACUACUGUGAUUCAACUUAUUUUCGGAAAGUUGUUGAAUAGAAAUUCAUGCAACCUUUCCUGAUGAAGAUGUUGUCUUCUCAUUUUUCGGCUACUUAUACUUAUAAUUCAAAAGUGUUUUUCCAUGUCUUUGUUCUGUUGUGGAGUGCCUGCGAGGGAGUGAUAAAGCUACCGGAAAAUGUAACCGUGCCUGCAAUAUUUGCAUUUGGAGACUCGAUAGUUGAUCAAGGCAACAACAACGAUAGGAAGACAAUUGUUAAGGGCAAUUUUAUGCCUUAUGGAAAGGAUUUUGAAGGUGGAGUUUCCACAGGAAGGUUUUGCAAUGGAAAGACGCCACCAGACAUGAUUGCCGAAGAAUUAGGUAUUACAGAGCUCAUACCUGCGUAUCUUGAUCCGAAUUUGAAACCUGAGGAUCUUAAAAAGGGCGUAAGCUUUGCUUCCGGAGGUUGUGGAUUUGAUCCCCAGACUCCUAAAUUAGUGUCAGCUAUAUCAUUAUCGGAUCAAUUAGAAUUAUUCAAAGAGUACAUUGGAAAGCUCAAAGGAGCUGUUGGAGAAGAAGAAGCACACAACAUUUUAACCAACAGCAUCCAAUUGGUGGUAGCAGGCAGUGAUGAUCUUGCCAAUACCUACUUCACAUUUGGUGCUGAGCAGUUGUAUGACAUAAAUUCCUAUUCUAAUCUUAUGGUGUCUUCAGCUUCCAGCUUCAUAAAGGAACUGUACAAACUUGGAGCAAGAAGAAUUGCUGUUUUCAGUAUUCCACCAAUUGGAUGUUUGCCAUCUCAAAGAACCGUAGCUGGUGGUGGUUUUAGAGUUUGUGCAGAAAAAUAUAAUCAGGCAGCACAAUUGGUUAAUUCCAAAUUAUCAUCUGAAUGUGAUUCACUUGCUAAAAAGUUACCUAAAUCCAAAGUGGUUUACAUUGACAUAUAUAACCCUUUUCUUGAUCUCAUUCAAAGGCCUCGAAAUUAUGGGUUUGAAGUAGCAGAUAGAGGGUGUUGUGGCACAGGGAUUAUAGAAGUGAUAAUAUUGUGCAACAAAUUCAGUGGGACAUGUCCAGAUGAUACAAAAUAUGUGUUUUGGGACAGUUACCAUCCCACAGAGAGAGGUUAUAAAGUUCUUCUUGAUCAGGUUGUUCAAAAAUAUGUCAACAGAUUCUUCUAAGCCAAUUUGAUGUCUCUGAUUUCGUCAAAUCAAAAUCAAACGGUUAAAAGUGCUCACAUUUCGUAAAUGUUUUUUUUUUCUUUUUCUUUUUAUCAUUAUGCGUAUUUGAUUGUGUAAAAGAUUUAAACAUUGAAAGAAA